AUGUCGGAUAAGCUCUGUGCAUCAGGAACGGAGGCUGAGCACAGACUUCGCAUCGCUUCCCAUUGUCCUCCUUCUCUUCGCAUUGGGUCCAGUAUGGAACUUUGGACUGCUCUUGGCAAGUUUCUCAUGUACUUUGGAGUCGAUUUGCCUGUGAUUGAGAAACUAUUAAAGGAACCGAAUCUCCCUCCGUUUACAAUUCUCUCCUCAGCAUCAACAGUUUUUCAGUUUCUUUCAAUCUUCCAAUUAUCUUUCAUUUUCCAGCCGCAUACUAUUGACUAG